CAUGAACAUGUGAACCACCAAACUCCAUGACAACAAUUACCUCUUUUUUCUUCCUGUUAUUUUGCCUUAAAAGUUUUUUUUAAAACUUUAUUGGCCUAAAUUUGAGGUAUUUUUGAGAGUGAAUAAUGAAAUUCGGACGGAUCUCCACCAUAUCUUUAUAGCCCACAUUUUUUUAAUGUUUUAUUUGCUCUGCGGACUGCCCACAUAAACAAUUGGUAUGCCACUCUGUAGUUACUAAAUUCCUUUUCUCUUUCUUGCAAUGAAAAAAGAAUGAUUUUCUUGUUCCUGUAGUUAAGCAUAAAUGGAGAUGACUGUAAAAAUUGCAGAAUUUCUGAUUCUUUCUUAUCUAAUUUAGUAAAUGCUUGGAUUUGUUGGAAGAAUACAAUACAAGAUUAGAAGAUGGUCCUUCCUGCUAAUUUGGUAGUCAAGCUUGUGUUUUGGGCUAUUGGGUUUCAUGUUCUUGCUAAAUCAGUAGCCAUUUCUGGUGCUGAUGUUAAUGAGAGAUUGUACAUAUGGCCUAUGCCCAGAUCAGUUAGCCAUGGCCACCACAGUCUUUAUUUGAGCAGUGAUUUUGAGCUCAAGACUGAAGGAAGCAGUUAUUUGGAUGUCUCUGGGGUUCUCAAGGAUGGGUUCUUUAGGACACUUGACGUGAUCCGAGGACCACAUGCCAUUGAUGCCAGUAUCUCUGUCCUUAACCAGUCUCGCGUGCUCAAAGGAAUUCAUGUGGACGUUCGUUCGCCUAGCGAUGAGCUGCAACAUGGAAUUGACGAAUCAUACAACUUGUCUAUAACUGAGAAUGGAGAUCCAAUAUAUGCAUAUCUCCAGGCACAAACAGUUUAUGGGGCUCUUCAUGGGUUGCAGACGUUUAGCCAAUUGUGCUAUUUCAACUUCACAGCCAAAGCAGUUGAAGUUCGUCAAGUGCCGUGGACGAUUUUGGACCAGCCAAGGUUCUCUUAUAGAGGCCUUUUGAUUGAUACCGCGCGACAUUAUCUGCCACUUCCAGUUAUAAAGAAGGUUAUUGAUUCUAUGACAUAUUCAAAGCUGAAUGUAUUGCAUUGGCAUAUUGUGGACACACAAUCUUUUCCACUUGAAUUGCCUUCAUUUCCCAAACUGUGGGACGGUGCUUAUUCUACUUCGGAGCGGUACACGACAAGCGAUGCCACUGAAAUUGUGAGAUACGCGCAAAGACGUGGAGUCAAUGUAUUGGCCGAAAUUGAUGUUCCAGGGCAUGCACAGUCAUGGGGUGUAGGGUACCCUUUGUUAUGGCCAUCAAGAGAUUGUCAACAGCCAUUAGAUGUGAGCAAUGAAUUUACCUUCAGAGUCAUCGAUGGGGUUCUCUCCGAUUUUAGUAAGAUAUUCAAAUACAGAUUUAUUCAUCUCGGGGGAGACGAAGUGAACACGAGUUGUUGGACAUCAACUCCCCGUAUAAACAAGUGGUUAAAGAAACGCCAAUGGGAUGGACCCCUAGCAUACCAAUAUUUUGUCUUGAGAGCACAGAAGAUUGCUUUAUCCCAUGGCUAUGAUGUUAUAAACUGGGAAGAGACCUUCAACAAUUUCGGCAAAAAACUGAGUCCCAAAACUGUUGUCCACAACUGGCUUGGUUCUGGUGUGGCUCAACAAGUGGUUGCUGCAGGGUUGCGGUGCAUCGUGAGCAACCAAGACAAGUGGUAUCUUGACCAUUUAGAUGCCACGUGGCAAGGUUUUUACACGAAUGAGCCACUCGCUAACAUCACCGACCCAAAACAGCAGGUGUUAGUUCUUGGUGGGGAGGUUUGCAUGUGGGGAGAAAACAUUGAUGGUUCAGAUAUAGAGCAGACAAUAUGGCCCCGCGCUGCCGCCGCCGCAGAGAGGCUAUGGGCAUCAUAUGACAACCUCGCCACGGAUCCGCUUAAAGCUGCUGGAAGGCUGUCACACUUCAGGUGCCUGUUGAACCAAAGAGGAGUGGGUGCUGCCCCGCUGUUCGGUUUAGGCAGAGAAGCACCAUUAGAGCCAGGUUCUUGCCAUUUGCAAUAGAUCAUAGGCAAGGAACAAACUGUACCAUUAUCAUCAACUUAUACUUGUCUCUCUUGGAUCAUCAAAUGUAAUGUGAAUCUGUUGUUAAUAAUCAAUUGAAAUGACAAUG